CUUCGUCCAGGAAAGAAGAAACGUGAAUGAUUUAAGUAUCCAUUGUUCAGACAAUCGUAUUACACAAAGAGAUCCUGCUGAAGAAGAGCCACCUCCUAUAUCUCCAUAUGGGGAGACUUUCUUUAUUAAGUGCUCAGACAGAGUGGAAAUCUGUGGUAAAGAACUUUCAGGCAUCCAAGAAGAGAACAGAUACACCAAAUGCAAUAGCAAAAUAUGUGCUCUUAAUAAUAACCAAACCCCAAAAACAUCUGACAAUGUAGUGAACAAUGAAUCGCUGCCCCAAGAAGGUAACACUGCCUCACCGAACAGAUUUAUUGGUGAAUUUGAAUAUUCUUCAGUGAAAGGAUGUGCUCGGAAUGGACCAAAAGGAAAAUAUAAAACUUCAAAAGCCCCCAGAGAGUUCAAAACUGGGCAUCUGGACCUUGGUGGUGAAGAGCAGAUAUUUUUCCCCCAGUCUAGUCACAUCGAAGAAUCAGUGAGUGGCUCUGGAGAUUCAAUAACACCCUAUGCUUGCUUUUAUGGACCAGCAAUGAAGAAGACCAAAGAAGGCUGGCUGGAUAAGUUAUCUCCUCAGGGAAAACACGUGUUUCAGAAGCGCUGGGUAAAAUUUGAUGGUGACAGCAUGUCCUAUUACAAUAAUGACAAGGAAGUGUACUCCAAGGGAAUAAUCUUCCUCUCGGCUAUGUCUGCAGUAAGAGGGCAUGGGGAUAACAAAUUCGAAGUCGUUACAGCCCAUAGGAUAUUUGUCUUCCGGGCCGAAAAAGAAGAUGAAAGAGAUGACUGGAUCAGUACAAUUCGUGGUGUUUUGCAGUUGCAGCCUAAAGUCUCUCGAGUGCAAACUACUGCUUUGCCUGAAAAAAGUGGAUAUCUGGAAUUGAAAGGAUAUAAAGCCAAAAUCUUUACCUUGCUGCAAGGAAACAAUGUGUGGAUUUGCAAAAGUGAUCAGGAUUUUAAGACUGGAUAUGGCAUCACUAUAAUCCCCAUGAAUGUGGCUAAUGUGAGACAGGUAGACCGGACAGCCAAACAAUCAUUUGAAAUAAUUACACCUUACAGAAGCUUCAGCUUUACAGCUGAGACGGAGAAAGAAAAACAGGAAUGGAUUGAAGCACUGCAGCAGUCCAUAGCAGAGACUCUUUCUGACUAUGAAGUGGCAGAGAAGAUCUGGUACAAUGAAUCAAACAAGAUAUGUGCUGAUUGCAAAGCCCUUGAUCCUGACUGGGCAUCCAUCAAUCUCUGUGUCGUCAUUUGUAAGAAGUGUGCAGGACAGCACAGAUCAUUAGGUCCCAGAGAUUCAAAGGUCCGAAGCCUCAAAAUGGAUGCUAGCAUUUGGAGCAAUGAACUCAUUGAGCUUUUUAUUGUGAUAGGUAACAAGAAGGCAAAUGGUUUUUGGGAAGGAAAUAUUAAGCCAGAAGAGGAGUUGCCUGUGGAUGCCCCAACAGACAAGAGGCUAAUGUUCAUCACCCAAAAAUAUAAAGAGGGAAGAUUCAGAAAAACUACUCUUCUUUAUAAAACUAAAGAAGAGUUAAAUAAGGCCCUGUGUGCUGCAGUAGUUAAGCAAGAUGUACUGGAAACAAUGAUGUUGUUAUUUAGUGGAGCAGAUGUGAUGUGUGCUACAGGAGAUCCUAUCUACAGUACCCCAUACUUGUUAGCAAAGAAAUCAGGACAAAGGCUUCAGAUGGAAUUCCUCCACCACAACAAGUUUUCAGAUUUUCCUAACUGUGAUGCUUUUUCGGACAAUGUUGCAUGUCAAGAUUCUUCUUUUUCCUCCAUCUUCCUGUGUGAUUAUUUAUACAAGCUUUCCUCCAGUGCUACAAAGCUGUUAACUGAGAGAAAACUAAAAGAAGAUUCUAAUAAGAAGUGGUGUACUCUGGAAAGUGGCUUUUUGAGCUACUAUGAAAAUGAGAAGACAGUUUCUCCACAUGGGAUGCUUGACCUCAAUGAAGUCGUCUGUCUUGCCAUUCAUAAGGCUGAUUCUUUCUUACACAUGGGAGCUAUGUUUACCUUUGAAAUCUACUUACUGUCAGAACGUGUAUUUCUCUUUGGUGCCGAAACUGCAUAUAUUCAGAGAAAAUGGACUCAGGCAAUUGCCAAGCACUUUGUACCUGCAGCAGCCAAAUUUGUUCUGGAGAGGGACUAUGAGGCGAUUGGUCAGCUGUACUACAAAGACUGCCAUGAUCUUGAUACCUGGAAAAAGGGCUGGUUUUCUAUUGAAAAGUCAAACCUGUAUUUUUGCCUAGAAUUGGAAAAUUGUCAUGAGGAUUCAGUGCAUUUAAGGAGGCUCCAGGAGUUAACUCUCAGCAGCAUAGUCCAAAAUGGAGAAAAAUUAGAUGUUCUCCUUCUGGUUGAGAAAGGAAGAACACUCUAUAUCCAUGGCCACACCAAGCUGGAUUUCACAGUCUGGCAUAGUGCAAUUGAAAAAGCAGCAGGUACAGAUGGCAACGUGUUGGAAGAUCAGCAGCUCAGCAAAAAUGACGUCCCGAUUAUAGUGAACAGCUGUAUUGCAUUUGUUACACAGUAUGGUUUGGGUAGCAAACAUAUCUACCAGAAAGGUGGGGAUCCAUCUCGUAUGAGGGAACUUCUUGAGAACUUCAAAAAAGAUGCCAGAAGUGUUAAGUUGAGGGCUGGAACAAAUCAACUUGAAGACGUUACUGAUACGUUGAAGUGUUUUCUGUCUGAGAUUGAUGAUGCACUUCUUACCAAAGAACUUUAUCCGUUUUGGAUCUCUGCACUAGAUACCCUGGAUGAGAAGGAGAGAGUGAGGAAAUACAGCACUUUCAUUCAAACGCUUCCACCAGUCAAUAGAGCAACUUUGGCAGCCUUAAUGGAGCACCUUUACAGGGUACAAAAGUGUUCCGAAAUCAAUCACAUGGAUCCUCACAAUCUAGCAAUGGCGUUUUCGUCAUGCUUAUUUCAAACGAAAGGGCAAACCAGUGAAGAAGUCGAUGUUAUUGAAGACCUGAUUAUAAAUUAUGUACAUCUCUUUGAUGUGCAUGAAGACCAAGUGAGACAAAUGGAUGUUGAGAAUAGCUUUAUUACCAAAUGGAAGGAUACUCAAGUUUCCCAAGCUGGAGACCUGUUAAUUGAAGUUUAUGUGGAAAGAAAAGAGCCAGACAGCAGCAUUAUAAUAAGAGUAUCGCCAGUGAUGGAGGCAGAAGAAUUGACUAAUGAUAUACUGGGGUUAAAAAACAUUACCCCCCACAAGGAUGAUGUAUGGACUACAUUUGAAGUGAUUGAAAAUGGAGAACUAGAACGUCCUUUGCAUUACACUGAGAAUAUUCUAGAACAAAUUCUUCACUGGAGUUCUUUGUCUAAUCCCAGCAGUGCAUAUCUUGUGAUAAAGAAGUUUAUGACAGCAGACGCAAUGAGACAGUUCAGUGAGAAAAAUACAAAAGGCACAGUAAAAGCCAGCUAUCUGAAAUACAAAGAAGAGCCAUCUAAAUUACUAUCUGGAAAUAAAUUCCAAGAGCGUUAUUUUGUUUUGCGGGAAGGAAAUCUCCUCUUCUACAAAGAUAUGAAGAGUAGUAAACCUGAGAAAGUACUGCCGGUCAAUUCACUAAAACUUUAUCUUGGAGUGAAGAGGAAACUGAAGCCACCAACAAAUUGGGGUCUGACAUUAUCUUCUGAAAAGCACCAUUGGCAUUUAUGUUGUGAUGGACAGGAUUCUCAGUUGGAAUGGCUGAGCAGCAUUUUCAUUGCACAGCACAGUAAUAUCUGUCCGCCAGAUGGAAAGAUCAGAAAGCAAUCUAUUACAAAAAAUCCCAAAAUUGGUGGCUUGCCUUUAAUACCAAUUCAGCAUGAAAGAAACAUUCCAAAAGCUAAAGUCAACUCAUCAGAGAAUUCAAAGCUUGGAUCUGAAAGUGACAUAGCUGAGGACAAGAGGACUUUAAAGGAAAGAGUAUCACGGGUAGCUCAGUGCUUAGAACGGAAGGAGGAAAAAGCCCGAAGCCGUACAAGAAAGCACCGAAGCUUGAUCUGCUUGGAUGACAUGGGUCAAGAUGUUGUUGACUUGCACCAAAAACCCUACAAGGAAUCAAAGGCACUGAAGAAAAGUGAGAACAAAACCAGUCAGACUCACCUGGAGUCUGAGAAGCAGCUUCCAGCAAAUGUUAUUCAAGAACUCCACACUGUCUUGCAGAGGCACAAAGCUUUUCAUGAAAUGACAUAGAAAUAAUUUUUCAGGUUUAUACAUCAAUUACCUGAUUAUUCUUGGAAGUGAAAUUCAUUGUCUAUGUACAGGUCAUCAAAUGUAUUUAUAUGUAAAUGUUGGUCUUAAAGAAAAACAGGUGCUAUAUAUUAAUCUGAGAGUUUUUAUAGUACUGUGUAAGUGUGGUGGCAAUACUUGCAACAUUUAUAUAUUGCACCAGUCCCAUCCUUUGUGUGUCCCAGAACAAAGUUUCCCAGUUUCAUUAGCCCAGAAGGAGAGGUUGCUGAAGCAAAACUGCUCAGAGGUUGGGCAUCAUUGGCUAUUAGCUUGAAGUUCAAGAUAAGAUGACAUCAAGGUGAAAAAAGCAACAACUGUUUUCUAACCCUAAGAGGUGGCUAUGCUUCUGCCUUCUAUUCCUUGUGGCUCUUACAUACCUUCUGAGGAGAAAACAAGACCAGAAGAAGCUGCAUAGCCAACAUGUCUUCCUUACAUUUCUGAUCCAGGUGGGACAUUGAAAUAGGAUUAUCUUUUGAAGGGCCACAGCUAGCUACCUUUUCUCUAGCAUACAUACAGUGAUCUUGUCCAAUUAUGUAUAGAACUAGGUGUGGAAUAUCUAAUCUGAAAAAUAAACUGGCUGCUGUUUAAUAGGCUAAAAUUCAACAAAA